ACUAACAAUGUAUAAGUUUCUGCUGAUUGCCACAUUGCUUCCUGCCAUUGUCUUCGGGCAAACGCCAUUCCGACCAUGCCGAAAUGGAGGUCCUACUCCAGCAUCCGUUAAUAUUGAAGGAUGCACGGCACUUCCAUGCACCGUCGUGUCCGGAGUCCCGUUGGUAGCCCACGCAACCGGCAUCCAGUCUCGCGUAGCCACCGCAACCGUAGAGGCUCACAUAGUCGCACGCUUCCUCGGACUCGACGUCGGAUUCAGGAUUCCGGAAGAAUUGCGCGAUGCCUGCGCCGUCGGUAUUAGCGGCGCUUCGUGUCCGUUGAGCGCCGGUCAAACGUUUGACUACACGCUUAACUAUGCCAUGGAGCUACCUUUAACUGGUAUUAUCGCACAGGUCGAGGUUGGUUUGACUGCGGCCGAUGGCUCUCCGAUCACGUGCAUUGAAAUUGAUGCUCAAAUUGUAUCAUAAUUUUAUCAGCUCAACAAUAAAAUGUGCUUGCGGGUACAAUCAUUAAACAAUCUGUACAUAA